AUGCUGACCAACAUUCCUUGCGGGAAACGUAAAAAUACGACGUUGCGUAAAGGACUUAAAUUUACUCCCACCCCUAAUGAAAACAAAAUAGAACUAAAUACAGACAUCAAAGAAUUUUGUAGAAAAUUGAGAUUAAGUGAACGUUUUCAUGAUGACAAUCAAGAAAAUAACGAUGAAUUACCUCUAGUUAGAAAUAAGACUGGAUGGAACCCUCCCAAAAGUAAUGACACAGCAUUGGAAGACGCUAUUCAAUUUUUAAAAGAAUAUCCAUUAGAAAAUAACUGCCCCGUGAAACAUAAUUUAUCCCGUAAUGACCGCGAAGCACUUAAAACUUUAAAAGAUAAAAAUACAUUGAUAAUUAAAGAGGCUGAUAAAGGAGGUGCUGUUGUUUGCAUGAAUAAUACUUUUUACAAAGAGAAGAUUUUAUCUAUAUUAAAUGAUCCUAUUUAUUACGAAGAAACAGAUGAAGGAGCAGAUUUAAGAACUAAACAUGUUUUGCAUGACAUUAUUAGAAAAUACGGUGAUGGCCUUAUGAAAGAAGAGUCUGACUAUCUAACAAAUUUUGAACACACAACAAGUUAUUUCUAUGGUUUACCAAAAAUUCACAAAAGUAAAACAAUUGCUGAUUCAUUGAACGAACAACAGUCAGAAUAUCUGAAAGUUUGUGAUCCUAACGAUUUACCUUUUAGACCUAUAUGUGGAGGACCUAAUAGCAUAACACAAAGACUCAGCCGACUAUUAGAUAUAAUUCUUAAACCUCUAUGUAAAUGUGUCCCUAGUUUUAUUAGAGAUGAUUUAGACUUUCUGAAAUAUUUACCAGAACACAUAGAAGAUCAUGAAUCUAAACUAGUCACUUUCGAUGUAAUAAACUUGUAUUCCAAUAUUCCCCACGAUCUUGGAUUGAAAGCUGUGAUAUUCUGGAUGGAAAAAAUGCCAGAAAAGAUAGACAAACGAUUUCAACAUAAUUUCAUAAUAAAAUCGCUAAAACUUAUUUUAUACAACAACGUAUUCUACUUCGACGGAAAAUACUAUAUUCAGAAAAAAGGCGCAGCUAUGGGUACCAUUAUCGCUCCAACUUACGCUACCUUAGUCCUCGGAUACUUAGAAGAAACUCUUUAUGAAAGGAUGAAAACUAAAUACAACAAUGAAUUUUCAAUCUAUUUAAGACUUAACUGGAAGAGAUUUCUUGACGAUUGCUUUUUAAUUCUACCAAAAGAAAUUGACACGUCUGAUUUUUUAAACGAACUUAAUAACUUGCAUCAAAGUAUACAAUUCACAUAUAAUGAAAGUGAAAGUGCGAUGGCUUUUUUGGAUAUUCUUGUUUUGAAGUCAGGAAAUAACAUUUGUACAGAUUUAUACUGUAAACCUACAGAUACACACAACUAUUUAGAUUUUAGAUCAUGUCAUCCUAAGCAUACUAAAGUUAACAUACCAUUCAAUUUAGCUUCAAGAAUUAUUACUAUCGUGAAAAAUAAAGACUUACAAGAAAAGCGUCUAACAGAAUUGAAAUUACAGUUAAAACAACAGAAUUAUCCAGAUGUACUGAUACAACAUGGAAUAGAGCAGGCUAUAUCUAAGGGACCCAUCAAGACCACUGAUCGUAAAGACACUCGUGCAAGAGUGACAAAAUAA